AAAUCAGCUGAUGGAUGAUCGUGUGAUCUUACAAGAGUCUCUUCUUACAAGAACUGAAAAGUACAGAUAAGUGAGUGGAUCCAAUCAACAUGGAGUACACAUUUAGAGCAGUGACUCACAAUCCUGGGAUUAUAAUCUGGAGAAUCGAGAAAAUGGAGCUGGUUCAAGUUCCUGAGAAAUCGUAUGGAAACUUUUAUGAGGGUGACUGCUAUGUACUUCUGUCUACACAGAAGGUGAAGAGCUCUGUGUGUUAUGAUAUCCACUACUGGAUCGGCACAGAGUCUUCUCAAGAUGAGCAGGGCGCAGCUGCCGUUUACACAAUACAGCUUGAUGAGUUUUUAGGCUCCACUCCGGUGCAGCACCGAGAGGUUCAGCACCAUGAGUCUGAUGCUUUCAAAGGCUACUUCAAACAGGGAAUAAUUUAUAAAAAAGGCGGAGUUGCAACGGGCAUGAGGCACACAGAAACCAACACAUAUGACGUCAAGAGACUCCUGCAUGUGAAAGGAAAGAAAAGAGUGAUUGCCAAGGAGGUGGAGAUGAGCUGGAAGAGCUUCAACCUGGGAGAUGUGUUUCUGUUAGACAUUGGCAAGACCAUCGUUCAGUGGAACGGCCCCAAGAGCAACAGACAGGAAAAGCUGAAAGGCAUGUUGCUGGCCAAAGACAUCCGAGACAGAGAGAGAGGAGGCAGAGCAGAAGUCAAAGUGAUCGAGGGCGAUGAAGAGAGUAAUUAUCGUCAGAACAUGGAAAUCCUGAACAGCGUUCUCGGAGAAAGAACCUGUGUGCUGAUGGAUGGGAAUCCUGAUGAGACCGCCGAUCAGGAACAGAAGUCACAAAUUACACUUUACCAAGUAUCAGAUUCUGACGGUCAGAUGAAGGUAACAGAGGCUGCCAAACGACCACUAGUUCAGGAUCUGCUAAAUCAUGAGGACUGCUACUUCCUGGACCAAGGAGGAACGAAGAUCUUUGUAUGGAAAGGAAAAAAGGCCAACAAAGCUGAAAGACAGGCUGCCAUGGCCAGAGCUUUGGACUUCAUUAAAGCGAAGAAAUACCCGUUCACUACAAACGUGGAGACGGUGAAUGAUGGGGCAGAGUCUGCUCUUUUCAAGCAGCUCUUCCAGAAGUGGACUGUGAGAGACCAGACUCAAGGCCUGGGGAAAGUGAACACAAGGGGAAAAGUUGCUCACAUCUCACAAGAGAAAUUUGAUGCCUCCCUGAUGCACAUCAUGCCAGAAGUUGCUGCACAGGAGAGGAUGGUGGACAAUGGCACAGGUCAAGUAGAGGUGUGGAGAAUUGAAGAUCUUGAGCUUGUGCCUGUGGACCCUAAAUGGUAUGGUUACUUCUAUGGAGGGGACUGCUAUUUGAUCCUCUACACAUACCUGGUGAACAGCAAGAGGUGCUAUCUGCUCUACAUUUGGCAGGGACGACACGCCACGCAGGAUGAACUGGCAGCUUCAGCGUUUCAGGCUGUGAACUUGGAUCAGAAGUACAACGAUGAGCCAGUUCAAGUGAGAGUAACUAUGAGCAAGGAGCCGAGACACUUCAUGGCAAUUUUCAAGGGAAAAAUGGUCAUCUUUGAUGGUGGAACAUCUAGAAAGGGGUCGUCUGACCCAGAGCCUCCAGUAAGACUGUUCCAGGUUCACGGUUCUGACACAUCUAACACCAAAACCAUUGAAGUUCCAGCUCUGGCCUCCUCUCUAAACUCCAACGAUGUGUUUUUACUAAACAGCCAGUCAGAAAUGUACCUUUGGUGUGGAAAGGGUUCAAGUGGAGAUGAGAGGGCCAUGGCAAAAGAGGUGAGCGCUGUGAUCGGACAAGGCUCCCAGAGAACCACUGAAGAGAUUGUAGCAGAGGGUCAGGAACCCGUUGAUUUCUGGGAGUUGCUUGGAGGGAAGGCACCCUAUGCAAGCGGCAAGAGAUUACAGCAGGUGGUUUUAGAUCAUGAACCGCGCCUGUUUGAAUGCUCCAAUAAGACGGGGCGUUUCAUUGUCACUGAAGUGACGCAGUUCACACAGGAUGAUCUCAGUGAGGACGAUGUCAUGCUACUGGACACAUGGGACCAGGUGUUUCUCUGGAUUGGCAAAGAUGCCAAUAAGGUGGAGCGUAAAGAAGCAGUGGUCACAAGUCAAGAGUACCUGCGCACCCACCCAGGUGGCAGAGAUCCAGACACCCCCAUCAUCAUGAUCAAGCAGGGAUUCGAGCCUCCCACCUUCACUGGCUGGUUUACAGCUUGGGAUCCGGCCAUGUGGAGUGGAGGAAAGAGCUAUGAAGAGCUGAAGAAGGAGCUGGGAGAUGCAGCAUCACCCGUGGAAGUUAAAACUGAGAUGAUCUGUCCUGAGAUAGAAAAAGACUUUCAGUCAUUCCCACCCGAUGCUUUGCUGAACAAGUCUGCCAGCGAGCUGCCUGAAGGUGUUGACCCCACCCAGAAAGAGAAACACCUCUCCAAUGCUGACUUCGCCAGCAUAUUUGGGAUCAGCAAAGAUGACUUUGUGAACCUGCCACAGUGGAAACAGCUGAAGAUGAAGAAAGAAAAGGGGCUGUUUUGAUUAAAAUGUAUCUGCAAGUAAGAUGUUAAUGACGGUCUGUGUUAUCUCUUCGCUGAUUUUCCAUAAUGCUGGUCUCAGCUUUAUCAGUAAAGUAACACCUAAUGAUGUAUCUCUUAAUGUUCUGUAAAACACUAAAUAUUUCUGUAAGCUCUUUUUUUUCUUUUGCCUUUAUUGAAAUUAUAUGACUGAUAUUUGUAAAUCAAGACUUACAGUCUUGUGACUUGACACAAAUAGUUUUAUAUGACUAAUAAAACCGUGUACACUGAGCAUUAGAGUCCAAAAAUGAAAAUCCAAAAUGAAAGAAAUAAAUGAAAAAAGUCACAAACCCCCAGCAGAAGUUAAGGUAACCUUGAGGAGGAACUCCAUCUGCCCCCACCGGGAGAGAACUUUGGAACGGAGAAACACCAGAGGCAAAAAGAGGGGUCCUUAUUUACCGCCAACCUUCUCAACAGCAUCAAGGACCAGGAC